AUGCCCUCCUUCUUCCGCAAGCUGUGCUCGCUGUGUGGCUGCGGCGACCCCGAGGAUGACAUGAACGGCGCCUACGAUCGCUUGUCCGAGGACGAGAACGGCGAUGUCGUUCGAGUGCGCGGCAACGAUCAAUAUGCCACCCCCUAUCCGAUCGAUCGUGCCGACGCGAAUGGCUACUACGGAACGCCCGGAAAGCCGAACGAGGAGGCCAUGCUCAACGGGAUUGUCAAUGAGACCCAGGAGGGCAUAAUCGACGUGACGCAAAACGACGGUAUCACGCUGCCAACCAACGAGUAUAUGAGCCGCUACAACGCAUAUUCGGACGCCAUCAACAAGCAUGAUGUGGCGACGACCGCCGCUCCGGCCGAGGCCUUCUCGCUCGAAUCUGGAUGGACUGGAAUGCCGAUCAAGCAUCGCUACAUUCUCGACGACUCGGGCGCCAAGAUCAACGACCGGUACCAGAAGACCGAGUUGGCCUACGACAAAUACGAGGAGUACAGUGGCCUCGUUGCGGAGAUCUCCACCGCGGUCAACGGGAUGGCCGUCGCGAAUCAGAAGGAACUGCUCGGCACUCUA